AUGGAUGCAGAAGCAGGGCCGAGCCGACCAUCCGGGCGGCGCUCCACACGCGUUGCGGCCCGUUCCAACGACGAUGCGUAUGACUAUUCCAAGCUGGUCGGGAUGGAUGUGGACGGAGACGACGAGGACGCCGAGUUUGGAGCUCUUGCUCUCGGCGGCUUUGACGACGAUGACUCCGAUGUCAGCAAUCCUGACUGGGAGCAAGAUGAAGACUCGGAUGCCGGCGAACCGGCUGCUGCCAGCCUACAGAAGCCACCAAGCAAGGCUCGAAACGGUGCGAAGAAUGGCCGGCACAAGUCAGCAGCGACACAUGCGACGGCGCAGAGCAGACCGGACGGCAGCGACGAUGAUUCGACGGAUGACGAUGACGAAGACGACGAUGCCGCCAGAGACGAGAUGGACAUGGACGCGCUCGAUCCGGCACUGUUUGGCGAAGCAGGCGCUUCCCAACCGAGGCGGCCGCUCAUAGAGGGCGACGAAGAAGACUUUGAGCCAGAGUCCUUUCAUCGACUGGUGAGCUCGCUGCAAGAUACAUCGCGAGAAGCAGGCGCACUGCGCCAGCAAUGGGAUACCUCGAUCGAGGCCGAAAACGCCGAGUUCGAAAAUGAGCUGCGUGCCGCCGCCGGCUUCAAGCAGAAGCGGCGCGUGCGUCGCAAAGCGCACGAGCAGCCUCUCUCUGCCGAAGUGCAGGCGCUCAUGGCCGAAGUCAACCUGGCAUACGUUGAGAACCGCCUGCACGACGCGAUUCCCAAGCUCGAAGAAGUGAUCCGCAUCGAGCCCUCGGUCAUGGCGGCCUGGAACACGCUCGGCCUCAUCUACGAGGAGCUGGGAGAGGAAGAGAAGAGCAUCCAGUCGCGCAUCAUUGGCGCACAUCUGCAGCCGCGCGCCAACGCCGAGUGGAAGACACUCGCAUAUCGCUCCAUCAAACAGACGCUGUACCGCCAGGCGAUCUACUGCUUCCAACAGGCGAUCAAGAUCGACAAGACGGACGUGGACAGCAUCUGGGAUCGUGCGCUGCUGCUGCGCGACCUCGGCGAUCACAAGGCGGCAAUCAGUGGCAUGCUCGACAUCCUCAAGCUGCAGCCGUACGACGCGUCGGUGGUGCGCGAGCUCGUGCCCAUGCUCGUCAGCACCCGCGACUACGACCGCGGCAUCGAGGUGCUCGAGCGCUGGCGCACCUCGAGCAUGCAGGCGUACCCAGACCCCGCCGGCGGUCUGCCCCUCGAUCCGGAACUGUUCGCAGAUGCAGGUUCAACGGGCCCGCAGUCUUCCGCACCGACAUUCAACAACUUCAACAUCUCGGAACUCGUCACGCUCGCCGACCUUUUGCUGUUGAUGCGCAAGCCCCUCGAGACGAUCAGUGUGCUGCGCCAGACGGCACGCUGGCUCGACGGACGCAAGAGCGAGGACUUUUGGGACGCUGUAGACGACGACCGGGAGUUCGACGGCGACAUCGACCCACAGAUCCGCAAGGAGCGCGACAACGAGGGCUACGGGCGCCAGGUGGAGACCGCACAGCCGCACCUGCUGGAUCCCGAGAUUCGCUUGCGGCUGGGCAAGGCGCGCAUGAUGCUUGGCGACGUGGUCGAGGCCAAGCACCACUUUGACGUGCUCACCGAGGGCGACCCCGGCGACCUGCCGCAGAUCUUCGCCGAGGUGGGCGACUGCUACUACGAGCACAAGCUGUGGGCCGAGGCGCUCGACGUGCUCACCGAUCUCGCCAGCACCGAGUAUGCCACGGAGGACGUGUCGCUGUACGCCAAGCUGGCGGCGUGCAACCAUGCGCUCGGCGAGCUCGAGGAGGCGGCGCGGCUGUACGAGCCCGUCGUCGAGGCGGCACCGGACACGCUCGAGUGGCAGAUGCGCCUCGCCGAGGUGUACGAGGGCCUGGGCGACAAGGAGAAGUCGCUCGAGGUGCUGCGGCGCGUAAUGCAGAUCCUGCAGUCGCAGCGGUCCGCCGAUGAACAGCUGGGACAGGCAGCGUCGAGCGCAGCUGCGGAAUCCCCCUCUGGCGGCGCUCUGUCGUUCUUUGACGAGAUCGGCGAGCCCGCGGCACCCAAGGCUGCGCCAGCGGCCAAGCGUGCGCGCAUGAACUACAACCGGCAGCAGCGGCUCAAGUUGGAGCUGCAGCGCGAGCAGGAGACGCAGCUCUCGUGGCGGCGGCUUGAGCUGCUCGAGCCGCACGUUUUCAUCGAUGGCUUCUGGCGCUACGACGUGGCCGUGAGCAAGGAAGCCGAGGAGAGCCUGGGCAGCUUCUACGCGACGAGCGAGAGCGUCGAGGAGCGCGAGAAGCGAUGCCGCCAGACGGCGCAGUGGGUGGAGGAAGCGGGUGGACUCAUCGACGCCUUCCGGCUGCACCCGCGCCUCAACGGCUUGAACCUCAAGAAGAAGCGCUGGGGCGGUGCGAACACUAGCCGAGCCAAGGCGAAGAAGCGGCGGUCGGAGGCGAGGCCGAUGCAGACGACGCUGGCGAGCAUGCUGUCGCAGCGCGGCGGGCCGAACGCGAUCUCUACGCAGGCGCGCAAUCUGCUGCACCGUCUGCAGGACUCGUUGGUCGAGGACGACGGUGCUUCGGACCUGCACGACGGCUCUGAAGCAGGCGAUCUGGACGGCGCCAAGCCCAAAGCCGAGCCGGGACCGAAGCAGCUGGACAUGGCCAAGUUCCGCGGGCUUUCGAUCGAGCAGUGGAUUGCGCUGUUUGCCAAGUACGCCUUUCUGCUUGUGAAGAGCGGCGAGGGCAUGGGGAUGGUGAACAGCCUGCUGCAGUCGCUGCACACGAGUGCGGUGGUGUGGGGCAAUUGGGAUCGCAUGGUGGUGGUGCAGCUUUCGUGGUUGUCGUGCGGGCUGUAUGCGCGCGACUGGUCUACGGUGUGGGGCUGCCUGCGGUGGAUGGCGCAGGAGAUGCAGUUCCACAACUUUCCGCUGCAGCUGGCUGCGAGCCUGGCGAACGGGACGGGGUUCCACAGUCUGGGGAGGUUGAUCAGCAACAACGACAUCAAGUUCUACCAGCGUCGCAUGCGGCAGGGCGAGGCGGUGGCGCGCGGGGCCACGUGUCGCUUUUCGACGCACAAUCGUCGGUGGCAAGUGCCUGUCGGUGUGCUGGAACGGGAGGCGGAGACGAAAGAUCUGGUGGAGGAGGCGAGACGUGCGACCGAGGAGCGCGAGCUCGACGACGGUGUGGUGGUUGCCUUGGAGGAUGAUGAUCACGCGAGUGGUUCAGACGCCGAAACUGACGAGGGGGAUAUCAAAGGCGACCGACCGGAUGCGGCUCUGGCAGUGCGCCUUGCACGGCCCACUAAACCCUCGCCGCUUGGCGAGAUGUUCUACGGCUACAUGCUGUUGUACUCGGGAGGCUACCAAUCAUCGGCUGCGUUUUUUGGUCGUGCGCAUGCGAUCCAACCCACGGAUGCGCUGCUCAGCCUCGUGAGUGCAGUUGCAUUCCUGAGCCGCAGCACCAACCGCCAAACGGAUAAUCGUCACCAUAUGGUUCUGACGGCCACGACGUUCUUUCACAACUACCGUCGCAACCGUGCAAGGAGGGCAGAGGAGGAGUACAAUGCCGCCCGAUUGCUCCACCAUAUCGGCCUCACUCAUCUCGCGGAGCCGCAUUAUAGGAAAGUGCUCGAAAUGCCCGACGAGGGGCAAGGAUGGAGUCUCAAGAGGGAGGCAGCUUGGAACUUGGCCAUGAUCUAUACCACAUCUAGCAACACCAAGCUAGCUCGCCAGAUGUAUGAGGAGUACCUCACCGUGUAG